UGGCAACAGUUCCAAUCAUAAAAACACUCGCCCAGGCCCACCGGUUCACACAGUGUUGUUUACUCCCUGAUUGUAAGUGCACGUAUGCGGGGAACCUCUUGGAAAUGUACUCUUGUGCACAAAUCUAUAGGCGGUUCAGCACCUCGCAGGCCUUACUGGACAGGAUGCGUGUGGCAAUCAUUGGACAGUCAACUUUUGCUGGGGAAGUGUACAAGCAAUUAGUGAAGGAUGGUCAUAAGGUUGUUGGGGUAUUUACCGUUCCUGACCAAGGCAACCGAGAAGAUCCCCUCGCAACAGUGGCAGCUACUGAUGGUGUGGAUGUAUUCAAGAUCAAGUCAUGGAGGAAGAAAGGAGUGGUCCUGCCUGAUGUCUUGGAAAAGUACAUGUCUAUUGAACCAGAGCUGAAUGUUAUGCCAUUCUGCACCCAGUUCAUUCCUAUGGAGGUGAUCAACCAUCCCAAGAACAAAUCCAUAUGCUACCAUCCAUCCAUCCUUCCUCGUCAUCGUGGUGCCUCUUCCAUAAACUGGACUCUGAUGUGUGGGGAUAAGAAAGCUGGCUUUUCCAUCUUUUGGGCUGAUGAUGGACUGGACACAGGCCCCAUCCUCUUGCAGCGUGAAGUGGAUGUAGAUCCCAAUGACACUGUAGACUCUCUGUAUAACAGAUUUAUGUAUCCAGAAGGUAUUAAGGCAAUGGCAGAAGCUGUGAAACUAGUGUCUGAUGGAAAGGCCCCCAAAAUUAUCCAACCUGCUGAAGGUGCCACCUAUGAUCCAAUGCUAAACAAGAAAGAAUUGUGUAAGAUCAACUGGGAUCAAUCUGCAGAGGACAUCCACAACUUUAUUCGAGGUCUUGACUCUUCCCCAGGAGCUUGGACACUUAUGGAUGGGAAAGAGGUGAGUGAUGUAGUCAUUAUGUAUUGGCAGCCUGCUGUGGUGUACCAUAUGGGCCAGGCACAGGGCAUGGGACAGAGACCUCACUCACUGACACAAUGCUCUUCUAUCCAUGGCCAGAGCACCAUUAAUCAUGCCCACCUCAUGGGCCAGAACAGCAUUACCCUCAUCCUGGGCCACUUUAUCCAGCACCAAAAGGGAUUUAAUGAUGAAGGAAACCUCUUCAACAGGGCCGAAAGCCUUAGAGGUCUGCAUCAAAAUACUGCAAACAGGGUUAUCACCAUGAAUCUCACCCUCUUCACAACUACCUUCCUCAGAAAGAAAACCAGAAAAGUUACCAGUUACGGGAACGAUGGCAUCCUUCUCUUCCGUGAGAGGAAGCACCUGUCUGUCCACCUGUUUGUGUUGGGAAGAACCAUUGCCGGAGGAGGACAUGGCGGCGACCUCAAGCCGCCACACCAACACAAACACAAGGAGCGUCAUAAACACUCAGAAUGCGAGCGUCGUAAACACUCAAAUGCCAGGUCAAGCACACACAGUGGGGCACUCACCCGCUCCAAACUUGGAAAGCAGAACAGAGGUUAUAGCGGUGAGGUGGCUGGGCCAAUCUGUAGAGUAGAUGAAGACAUUGUCGAAGUAGAAAGUCACAUUUGGGAGGUUGGCCAAGACAAUCCUCAUCAGGCGGAUCUGAAGGAGUUCAUCAACUUCAUGCUCGAAGAAAGGGCGAAGGUGAAUCGGCACAGGGGGUUUCUCAUGGCAAAGCUUCCGAAGGACAGCUUUGAGGGGACUGUGCAACCUUUCUACCUGUCCGUUCCCAGCGGGGUGGUACGUGGUAGUGAACUGUGGCUUCACGCCAAGAAGUUUGUGGAGCUCUGCCAUCAGUUGCGACGUGAACUGAGUUCCUCUAUCGCUGAGGAUCUCAUGAGGAAUUCCAACUCUGGAGAAGAUGGAAACCAGUCCUUCAGAGGAAUCGCUUCAGGAAAUCUUGUGGCAAAGUUGAUAAGGGUCAAUGUUGCAGGAGCGGCAGUAGUCUCGGAUGUCCGAGGCCAUGGUAGGCCAGAAGAAGUGUUCACUGAUCUUGCCCUCAGUUUUCCUGUGAGAGAAGUGACCGGCAAGGGGACUCUCAAUGGCCACCUGGAGUAUAACACCUCGUCAGUCGGAAGGGACAACCAGCAUGCAUUUCCCAAGCUUUCCUGGAUGGGUAGGGCUUCCUCGGAGACUAGAAGACUGGAACAGCUGGUGUUGCGGAGAAUGGUGGAGGUCCAAGAACCGUUUAUGGUCCCUGCAACACAGCACUCCAAGCCAAGACCAUCAAAGAUUAGUGAACAACCAAGUUGCUCUGAAAAGAGAUUUGGAAUGAGAACCACAAGGCGACAGCAGUACGCCAAAACUCACAUCUGGGCCACGACAGUGAGUGCGCGCUCUCGGCGACUUACAAUGGUCAGCAAGGACCUAAAACAUAAAACCUUAGAAAUUAGAGAGUCAUGGUUCCUGACCAGCUCCUCUUUCUUUGAUGAGCUGUGCAACCUGCUCCUGUACCUUGUCUAUGAGGAGAAGGUGCUUCCUGGCAGCACUGCCCCAAGAAAGGCAUGUGAUGAUGCAUCUCAGCUUGGUGUUGAGCUGAACCACAAUGGCAGAUGUUUCCCCCGGGUCAUGGCUCUGGGUCAGAGUUACGUUAUCCACAUAUGUCUGUAUACUGGGGAUGAGGUGCAGCAAGUCAUUUAUGUAAAUAUUCCAAAGCAGGGGACUGAGACAGCUCUCCUGAAGAACACCUGCUUGUAUGGGCUGCACGUCAGACUCCCAACCACUGACAGUUACCUGCAGGUGUCUGUCCUCCAGACGGUGUCUGGCAACUCAAGUGACUCACCAGGUGGUUUGGGUGGAGCGAGUAGAUCUGAUCCAACCUCGCAUCCACAAAAUAGUGACCCUGAUGAAUGUACUUCUGAUUCUUCUGCCGAUAGUGAUUACUUACCCACUGAUGAUGACGAGGAAGAUAGUGACUUUGACAGUGAUGAUAGCAGUAGCUGGAAAAGUGACAGUGACUGCAAUUCUGACCUCAAAAUCACAUCCUCAUCUCAGAUGCCACUUGAUUUUGAUCACACCAGUGGUGAAGGAAUUACAAGACACUAUGAACUGCCCAACAUUCCUGAGGAGCGUAGCAAGGAAGCGAGGGGUAAUCCGCUGGUGUGCCUGCAGUUCAUUGAGUUGAAUGUUUCAAGAAUCAGUGUCGAUGGGAAGAUGAUGAAUGCUUCAAAGUAUGGUGCUGCUGCAGAGACCUCUGAAUCUGUGGAACUGACAGCAGAAGAACAAGAAGUUGCAGAGAAAAUGAGGGAGACCUGGAAGGCCAUUCUUAAUAUAGAUGUGCCUGAUGACUUGGACUUUUUCAAAGCUGGAGCAGGAUCCAUGGAUGUUGUAAGGUUAGUGGAAGAGACAAAAGAAAAGGCUGGUGUAUCACUUGAGAAUGAGGAUGUAUACAUGGCCAGUACCUUCAAGGAGUUUGUUCAGGUUAUGGUCUUGAAAAUGCGAGGUGGGGAUACUAAGCCUGUAUUUGAAUAUGAUGCUAUCAAGAUGCAUAUCAAUAAUAUGGAUAUAGAGUUUCCCAAUCAGCUUUUCAUUGAUGGACAGUUUGUUGAUGCAACAAGUGGAAAAUUCCUAAAGAGCAUCAAUCCAGCCACUGAGGAGUUGAUUUGUGAUGUACAUGCUGCUGGGAAGGAGGAUGUGGACAAAGCAGUAGCAGCAGCCAAGAAAGCAUUUUAUGAGGGUCCAUGGGGAACAAUGAAUGCCAGGGACAGGGGCACCCUUAUUUUCAGGCUGGCAGAUCUAAUGGAGCAGUACAAGGAGGAACUGGCUACUAUUGAGACAAUUGACUCUGGUGCUGUUUACACCCUUGCCCUCAAGACACAUGUAGGAAUGAGUAUUGACACUUGGCGUUACUUUGCCGGUUGGUGUGACAAGAUUGAGGGCAGCACCAUUCCAAUCAACAAUGCACGGCCCAACCACAACCUAACUAUAACAAAAAAAGAGCCUAUUGGUGUGUGUGGCCUGGUGACUCCAUGGAACUACCCUCUCAUGAUGUUGAGCUGGAAGAUGGCUGCUUGUCUUGCUGCUGGUAAUACUGUGGUAAUCAAACCAGCCCAAGUGUCCCCACUUACUGCUCUCAAGUUUGCUGAGCUUUCUGUGAGAGCAGGUAUUCCUCCUGGUGUGAUAAAUGUCCUUCCAGGAACAGGUAGUGUAUGCGGGCAGGGCAUUGCUGACCAUAAAGAUGUACGGAAACUGGGAUUCACAGGCAGCACAGAAAUUGGCCAAGUGAUUAUGAAGUCAUGUGCAGUGAGCAACUUGAAGAAAGUUUCACUGGAGCUUGGAGGAAAAUCUCCCUUUAUCAUCUUUGCUGACUGUGACCUUGAUAAAGCUGUGAGAAUGGGAAUGAGCAGUGUCUUCUUCAACAAAGGUGAAAACUGUAUUGCUGCUGGGCGUCUGUUUGUGGAGGAAGCCAUCCAUGAUGAAUUUGUGAAGAGAGUUGUGGAGGAAUGCAAGAAAAUGGUCAUUGGGGAUCCACUUAAUCGUGGAACAGCACAUGGACCCCAGAACCACAAGGCACACUUUGACAAGCUUCUUGAAUACAUUGACAUUGGACUGAAGGAGGGUGCCACUCUGAUGUAUGGAGGAAAGAAGGUUGACCGACCUGGGUUCUUCUUACAUCCCACAGUGUUUACAAAUGUAGAAGACCACAUGUUCAUUGCCAAAGAAGAGAGCUUUGGUCCAAUAAUGGUCAUCUCCAAGUUUGGCAAUGGGCAAGUGGAAGAGGUUGUUGCUCGUGCUAACAAUACUGAGUAUGGUUUAGCAUCAGGUGUAAUGACUAAGGAUGUUAGUAAAGCUUUGUUGGUAUCUGAGAAGUUAGAUGCUGGAACAUGCUUUGUUAACACCUAUAAUAAGACUGAUGUGGCAGCACCUUUUGGAGGCUUCAAACAGAGUGGCUUUGGCAAGGAUCUGGGACGAGAAGCUCUUCAUGAAUAUCUCAAAACAAAGACAAUAACUUUUGAGUACUGAGGUUGAAUGGUUCUUAAGUUAAGGUGAUGUGUAUUUGAAGGAGUGUUUUAUAUGUUAUGAAUAAAAGAUUCCUUAGAUAUGGACUUUCCUUAGGUAUGGAAAAUGUGAUCUUACCAGAAUAUGCACAUAUUCUAUGAGGAAUCAAUUUGUAUCAGUUUCAAAAUUUUGUCAGUUACCUAACAAAUAAUCCUUCCUUUUAUAAUCAACAUAAUGUAUACUGUUAGCAAUGAAUAAUGGACUGAUUGAGUCUAUAAAAUUCAAUAUUUUUUUCUCUAUUAAUCACUGUGAAUGAAUUGUGAAAAGCAAAUGUUUAGCACAGUCACUGUGAAUGAAUUAUGAAAAGCAGAUGUUUAGUAUGCUAAAGAUUGUCAAUAUAAUAUUAAUAAUUGUGAAUAAAUUAUGUAAAAACAAAUGGUUAGCACAUUAAAGAUUGUUAGUGCCAAAUGGGAACUACACAUUAUAUAUUUGCAAAGGAAAGUUGAUUCUAACUGUUUGCCUCAAUAAUCACCUAUCCUAUUACUGAUGUUUACAUCAAAUUUUAGGUCUAUGUUGAACAAAGAGGAAAAAGUGGGAGAGCUGGUUUUGUACAUUAUUUUGAUUCCAACUGUGUGCCAAAUAUCACCUACCCUAUUGCUGAAGUGUACAAGAAAUUUAAACUCAAUAGGUUGGACAGCUAAAAGUACUUUUUUAUCAGUCAUACAUAUAGAGGAAGGAAAGCUUGAUUUGUGCUUUAUUCCAGAUACCUGUUGCUUGAAUAAUUGUGAUUUAUUAUUACCAUUAUCAAAAUAAGUAUUUUUUUUUUUUAUAAAAUCAGUGAUUUUACAUUUCUGUUGAUACUGUUAAAUCAGUUUGUUUUACUUUUUAUUAAUUAAUAUAGUUUUUACUUACUGAAAUCCCACAUUAAUGAAUGUUGAUAAUGAAGUGUGAACUGAUGUACUGCAUUUUGGAAUUUUAUUUUGCUUUACAUAGUUAACUACCAUGAAUAAAUUGUAUAAGUGAAUGAUUGUGAUAUUACUGCUGACUUUCGCUAACUCGGACUAAUAAAGGGAAAAGUUGAUUUGACAAAGGCGAAUGUCCGACUUGUAUGAACUCCCCCCUCCUAUCACACACACACACACACACACACACACACACACACACACACACACACAAAAAAAAAAAAAAAAAAAUGGUGCAGGAUUUACAUACUUAAUUUUAUGGGAUUUAAAACUUUGGGAUUACAUUUGUCUCUCUGAAACCUUCAUAUCAUAUAUUACCAGAUGGUUUAGUUUAUUUUUUUUUUAUAAUUAAAUACCCUUCCCACUAAGAAGACAUUUUUAAAUGUCUUGUGCGGUAGCGUCAUAGCCUGACUCGUGUCCUACACAGUAUGUGGCCAGGCAUUAGAAGUAACGUCCCUACAGGCCUAAAUUGAGGAUGAUUAGAAGCAGAAACUUCAAGAAGAUAGACAAGAAACAUAUCAUUGGGAAACAAUUUGACCUUGAACCCUUGCCUCCUCUCUCCUCUCUGUCAUGCGUGUUAUCUCCCCUCCGAGACCCUCGCCUCACCACAUCCCUCACUGCCACCAUCUCCUCCAUUUCUCUUUAUCAUAAGACUGCUAUGAUUUUUUUCAAACUUUUUUCUCACUACCUUCGUCAUCACAUAACUCUCACAGUAACACUAUUACAAAAGAUUAUGUUGAGACAGGUAUAAAGCAGGACUAGACGAAUAAUUGAUACUUCAUUAUAUCAUUAUCUCACUUCAGCAUACUAAUAACAACUCUGAGAGUGUCCAGUUCAAUAGUUACACAGCAGAUUGCCGAGAUGCUGCUGAUGGCUCUCUCCUAACCCUCAUGUACGAGUGAAUAAUGCGUCAUCUUAUCAUACUCUAGGAAGUCACUGUUUUAAAUACAAUCAUGUGUGAUAAAUUUCAAGUCAAUCAGAUGAAUACAAAGAGCAAAAACAAGGACGAAAUUAUGAAAAAUCUUUAGGAGUGAAUAAUAUGAAAGGUGGUUUUAUACACUUCAAAAUUUUUCACAAAAUCGAUAUAAACUCUGAUUGACUUUUGUUUGAUAUCAUUUUAAAGUACAAUUAAAAUGCUAUUUUUAGUUGAAAUUAGAUUUUGUAUAAAGUCAAUAGUAAACAAAAUACAGGAAGGGCAGUUCAACUCCGACUUUAGGUCUGGGUCAGUCAGCGUCCAACUUAUCACGAAAUCCAAGUUAACAGGGUCCGAGUUAUUGAGGUUCAACAGUAUACACUAUACACAGUGUUGAAAAAUGGACAAUACCUUUAUUGUUUGGAUGAUAUGCAGAAUUUUUUAUUUUUUUUAUUUUAUAAUAUAUUUAAAUGUAAUGGGAUAUAUGAUGUGGUAGUGACUGCAACUUGUAUGUAGACCUCCUUGACUUUAUAUGAAACCAUUUGUAGCUGUUUGUAGCUGGAGUGAAAUGCAGACACAAUGUACUGAAUUGUCGGAGCAAUCAGGAAACCACUCUGUCAGUUUGAUUGGCUGCUUUCUUAGUAAUUUUCCAGAAUUAAAUGAAAACAAUAAUUGAAAAUAGAAGGAAUAUUGUUGGAAGGCGUUUUAAUAAUAUGAUAAUUGAUUAUACCAUUAUAUACAACAAAUAGAUAAAAGCAAAUUUGUAAAAAAAUGGAAAAUUGAGGAAGCCUGGCUGUAAUUGUUUUGGCCUUAUUCUUAGAAAACAUAAGUAAAACUAAAUUUCAAUAAUUACAAUCAAUUUGUUGGAGUACUUCACCUUGAUUGUUUAUGUUUUGAUGUAGUGACUAGCAAGCCAGUGGCUGCUCUUGACCAUGUGAAUGCUUUUGGAUAAAUCCUUGUGGCUGUUCCCAGUGGCUGCAAACAGCCAGGUUGAAAAAAGCUCCAGAUAAUACUACCUUAAGUCAUGCAAUGUCAGUUAAUUAUAAGGUAGCUAUAGAAAAUACGAACACACACACAUGCAUUUUAAGAAUCUAUCAACCAUGUUAAGAAAUUGUUCUGUGCAGUUUUUUUGGGUUUGAGGGCAUUAUAAGGGGAUAAGUUUACAAGUCUGUAAUUUUGUAUGAGUCGCUGUGUAAGACCAAGUACAGUAAGCAGCUGUAAUAAGAUGCUGGUAAAAAAAAAAGUCAGGCCACUGAGACUGAUUACAUAAUUUGCCAUUCUACAGACAUUUACUUUUAAGUUUUGUUGCCUUUCUUUUUCUUUUUUUUCGUUUUGUUCUAUUUUUUCUUAACUGAAAUUACUGUGUAGGUUUCCCAUUGUUCUUUUCUUUUGAAAUUAUUGUAAUAGAUGAUUAUUGCUUAUAACUUUGAUAGUAAUACAACAUUUUUUUUUAACCUUCUAGAUUAAAGACAUUACAAAUAUUCAAA